AUGGGGUAUGCGGAGAAUGGCCGUGGCGACUUGGCGCUGGAGAUUUUCUCGCAGAUGGAAGCGCAGGGCAUCGAAUCGAACAGGCUGAGCUUCCUUGGCGCUUUCAAGGCUUGCAUUGCUGUGGCCGGGAAAGAAGUGGGGAUUCUCGUGGAUGGAAAGGUCGUGAAGGUCGAAUCGCUGGGCAUGGGCAUGGGUAUACACGCGAAAAGCUUGAGAAGCUUGAGAAGAAGAGGACGCUAUCAGCAGGAAGACGAAGAUAUCAAGCUUCCAAACACAGUGAUCGACAUGUACUCCAAGUGUGGGAGCUUGAGAGAUGCUUUCAUGAUUUUCGAGAGGAUGCCAUGGCACAGCGUCAUCUCUUGGACAGUGCUGAUGCUCGGCUUUGUGGAGAAUGGGGAGGAAGAGCUGGCGUUGGAGCUCUUUGACAAGAUGACAGAGAUGGAACUUUUAGAGCCGGACGAUCGAACUUUCGUUGCUGCUAUCAAGGCCUGUGCUGCUCAAGCCGAGAAAGAAGCUGGAGUGGAGAUCAGUGCCAAGCGAAUCAAGCUAAAGUUUCUGGAGAAAGGGAUGGAGAUCCACGCUCGAGCUCGAGCUCAAGGCCACUACGACACGGACGUGUUCGUAGGAAACGGUCUUGUGGAUCUAUAUGCCAAGUGUGGAAGCAUGCUCGACUCUCGCCGGGUUUUUGAGAAGAUGGUGACGCGCGAUGCCAUCUCCUGGACCUCGCUGAUGCUCGGCUACGAUGACAACGAAGAACCAAAGUUGGCGCUGGAGCUCUUCGAAGCCAUGGACUGUCCACCGACGGCUCUCUCGUUCGUGGCGGCGUUCAAGGCUUGCUCGAGCCUGGCAGAGCCGGAAGCUGGAGUUUCACUGGAUGAGAAGCUCGUGGUGAAGCUGGAGAUCCUCGACAAAGGCAUGGCUCUUCACUCCCGAGCCGAGAGAGCCGGCUUCGACCGUGAGAUCCUGGUGGUGAACACGCUGGUAAACAUGUACGCGAGCUGUGGAAGCAUGGCCGACGCUCGCCGGGCUUUCGACAGAUCCUUGCAGCGCGAUCUAGUUCUCUGGACGUCACUCAUGGUGGGAUACGUUCAAAACAGCCAAGGAUCACAGGCACUGGAGAUUUUCACGCGCAUGAAGCAGGAAGUUCGUGGUUUCUCCGCGGAUCCUCGGACUUACUGCGCUGCUCUCAAGGCCUGCGGCUCCUCCGCGGGGAUCGGACUCGCCACUGCCAUCCACGCCGACCUCUGCCGCUACUGGAGCUUCAUCGAGCACGAUCCAGUUCUCGCAACCACCCUGCUGGAUUCCUACUGCAAAUGCGGCAGCGUGCUCGACUCCCAACUCGUUUUCGAUCUUCUUUCAGUGGCUGACUCGGUUGCCUGGACUGCUCUCGUCGCAGGAUAUGGCCGCAGGGGAGACACAGCCAGAGUUUUCGCGCUGGUGGACGCUAUGAUCGAGCAAGGCGUGGAGCUCAACAAGGUAACCUUUCGUUGCGUUCUCACGGCUUGCAGCCAUGCAGGGCUCGUCGCUCGAGGGAAGCGCUACUUUGCGAGGAUGACGAGCGAGUUUGGGAUAUCUCCCGGGAUCGAGCACUACGUUUGCAUGAUCGAUCUCUUGAGCCGGGCCAACGAGCUGGAAGCCGCGGUGGAGAUGGUGCACAGGAUGCCAUUCAAGCCCAAUGCGAUGGCGUGGAUGGUGCUCUUGGCCGGGUGCCAGAAGUGGAAGAACGUAGAGAUCGGGAGAGUUGCGUAUGAAUCGCUGGUGGAGCUCGACAGGAACAACGCUGCGGUGUAUGAGAUCAUGUCAAACAUCUUUCGAAGCACAUCAAAAAAUUCUCUGGUGAAUUGA